CAUCACGACACCAUUUCUCGAUUCAAGCCACUGGAUUCAUCAUGCAAGCCAACUCGGGCGUCGGACUCGGUCUCACGGUGGGCUUUGCAUCCCUUGCGAUCAACUACAUUCGCCGCCGCGCGCUCACGUCGACGGUGACGCUGACCCCACCUGUACUGCCCAAGCGCCCCAAGAUGGUACCGUUCGGCAAAGUUCCGGGUGAGAACCGAGGCGAGCAGCCCAUGGAGCCGAUCGUGUACCUCGAAGAUCCGUACUACUACGUCCGCGACGACUCGCGCACGAACGAGGAGAUCUUGGACCACUUGCGCGCUGAAAACGCGUACACGAAGGCGGCGCUGAGCCACCUCGAGAAGCCGCAGGACGACUUGUACAAAGAACUGCUCGGCCACGUCCAAGAAACGGACCAAAUGGUGCCGUAUCCGCACGGCGACUAUUUGUACUACACGCGGACGGAGGAAGGGAAGGCAUACCGCAUCCAUUGCCGCAAGCCUCGCCAUGACGCGAACGGCGCGGAGGAGAUCUUGCUGGACGUGAAUCAACUCGCCGAAGGCCAGGCCCAUUGCGACCUGGAUUCCGUCGAGCCGAGUCCGGACCACAAGUUUCUUGCGUACUCGGUAGACUUUACUGCGUACGAAACGUACGACAUCUACAUCAAGGACCUAACCACGAGCGCCGUGACCAAGAUCAUCCAAGGAUGCGAUGGGUCGAUCGUGUGGGGCGCGGACGCGUCGACGCUGUUCUACGUGACGCAGGACGGCGCCCACCGCAGCCACAAGGUGUGGAAGCACACCCUCGGGACGCCCCAAGCGUCGGACAUGGCGCUCUUCACCGAAGUCGACGAAAUGUUCAGCGUUGGUGCGUACAAGACGACUUCCGGCCGCUUCUUUGCGAUUGCAUCCAUGUCCAAGGUUACGAGCGAGAUCCGCGUGCUGGAUUUGCGCGACCCGGCCGCGACGUUGACUGUCGUCGCGCCACGUGUACAGGGUGUCAAGUACACGCUGCAGCACUGGGACAAGCACUUUUUAAUCACGACAAACCGGGACGGCGACGUCAACUUUAAGCUCAUGUCGGUGCCGGUGGACGCGGUGAUCGGCACGGCGUCCGCCGCCGCCGCCGCCGCCUGGACGUUGGUAUUCCCGUACGACUCGAAUGUGAAAGUAGCGUUCGUGAUUCCGUUCAAGACGUUCUUCGUGCUGGGGGGGCGUCAGCAUGGCCUCACGCAACGAUGGAUUUGCGGCCGCAACGACGACGGGUGGCACAAAACGCAGCUCGCGAUGCCCGAGCCCAUGUACUCGCUUGGGGUCGCCACCAACGCCGAGUACGACGCGAUGGCGUAUCGAUUCACGUACAGCUCGCUCACGACGCCGGUGCAAACGGUCGAGUACAAUGUUGCGACAAAGCAGACCGCCGUGCUCAAGGAAACGCCAGUGCCGCACUAUGACCGGACGCUGUACGAUUGCGAACGCAUCGAAGCAACCGCGACCGACGGCACGGCGAUCCCGAUCAGCAUCAUCUACCGCAAAGACCACAAAACGCCGACCGGCGUCCCGCAGGCGCUUCACUUGUACGGCUACGGAUCGUACGAAGCGUCGAUUGAGCCCAACUUUCGCACGACGAUCUUGCCGCUCUUGGACCGCGGCGUCAUUUACGCGAUUGCGCACAUUCGCGGCGGCGGCGAGAAUGGCCGCACGUGGUACGAAUCGGCCAAGUAUUUGACCAAGAUGAACACGUUCACCGACUUCAUUGCGUGCGCCGAACACUUGGUGGCGUCGAAGAUGACGACGCCAGCGCAGAUGACGUGCGAAGGCCGCAGCGCCGGCGGGCUGCUCAUGGGCGCCGUGUUGAACCGACGGCCCGACCUGUUCACGGCGGCGAUUGCCGGCGUCCCCUUUGUCGAUGUGAUGAACACGAUCAGCGACGCCACGAUUCCGCUCACGACGGGCGAGUGGGCCGAGUGGGGCAACCCGAACGAGCUCCAGUUCUUUGCCUACAUGCUCCAGUACUCGCCGUACGAAAACGUGAAAGCCCAAGCGUACCCGAACAUGCUCGUGACGGGUGGCCUCUUUGACCCGCGUGUGGCGUACUGGGAGCCGACGAAAUGGGUGGCCAAAUUGCGAGACAUGAAGACUGACGACAACCAAGUGCUGCUCAAGAUGGAUCUGGAUGCUGGCCACUUUAGCGCGAGCGACCGGUACCAUUACCUCAAGGAGAAAGCGGUGGAUCUGAGCUUCAUCUUGGACCAACUCAAGUGCCUCGGACCGUAAGCACAGUCCCUCUCCCCACGCUUGCGAACAAUGCCAGUCUAUCGAUGGUUGGGAUAUACGUGUUAAAGAUCUCUACGGAGCUGGCGCGGUUGGUGGCGGCCGCGACGUCGGCGGACGUGUCGGCUUGGCUUGGUCCUUGUUGCGCUCGAUGGCGUCGAGGAUGCAUUGUUUGUAGUCGUCUGACUCCUGCACACAGUCAGCUUGCUCAAAGCGUCCCGCCAGCAGCCGGUCGAACCAGGCGCCGUAGCAUGCCGUCGCCUUCGCCUUGAACUCGUCGCACGCUCUCAGCGCGUCCAUGAUUCUCACAAGUGAACAACGGCGGCGUCG